ACACAGUAGGAGGACCUCUUUGACAGCACUUAGCAACGCCCCUGCUUUGACCCUCCUCAUCUGUGAGGAAAAUCAAAUCAAUACUCUCUUCUUCAAAUCACGAUGCUCCCGCAGCAGCAGCAGUACCAGGAGCGGCAGAAGACUGCAGUAGCUGCCUCUGACUCUUCUUAAAUUUUGCCAGCAUCUCUCUCGCUUCGAUGAUCUCCACAUUUCUGGACUUGGAUCAUUGCUGAGGAGUCCUGCCCGUCUGCCACUGAAAGGAUCUUCUACAUUGUCCUAAAUGGCCAACAGAGGACCGAGCUAUGGCUUAAGCCGGGAAGUUCAGGAGAAGAUUGAACAGAAGUAUGACCCAGAACUGGAGAGUCGACUGGUAGACUGGAUUAUUAUACAGUGUGGUGAAAAUAUAGAGCAUCCCCCACCUGGAAGGCAACAUUUUCAGAAAUGGUUAAUGGAUGGAACACUGCUGUGCAAGUUAAUAAACAGUUUACAUCCCAAGGGAAAAGAACCCAUUCCAAAGAUCACAGAAUCAAAGAUGGCUUUCAAGCAAAUGGAGCAAAUUUCCCACUUUCUGAAAGCUGCAGAAAUCUAUGGUGUACGAACAACAGAUAUUUUCCAGACAGUGGAUUUAUGGGAAGGAAAAGAUAUGGCUGCUGUGCAAAGAACCUUAUUGGCUUUGGGCAGUGAAGCUGUCACAAGGGAUGAUGGAUGUUACAGAGGCGAUCCAUCCUGGUUUCACAGAAAAGCACAGAGAAACCAACGAGGGUUUUCAGAAGAGCAACUUCGUCAAGGACAGAAUGUCAUUGGCCUCCAAAUGGGGAGUAACAAGGGAGCAUCCCAGUCUGGGAUGACUGGAUAUGGCAUGCCAAGACAGAUAAUAUAGGCUACUCCACCAAGAACACUCACUCACACGAUCUAUAGCAUGGCCUGACUGGGAAAAAUAGCUACUUAAUGUUCAUGCUAAAAUCUGCUUCUACUUUUUUUUCCUCUAAGAUUUUUGGAUCUACCUAUAUAUUUUUCAGAUGCGACCUUUCAACCUAAAAUGUGGAUCUAUGUGCUUGUUGCGUACCAGCUCACACAGCACGCUGGUACCAUAUAAUGUUCAUUUUGAACUAUGCAAAGACUAUUUUUCUGUAUUUAUUUGCAAAUUUGUUACCUUCUGUACCUGUGUCUUAUUGAACUUGCUCUUGCACCUAUUUUAUCUUGUUCUCCACUCUGCUUAUGGGAUGCCUCCAUCACUUACAAUAAAAUUAAAAAAGAGGGUGAAUGGGAAAGAACUGAGAGAUGCACUCUGGAAAAAAGAAAUACAAAAGGUAGCAUAGGUAUGUCCCUGAACCUGGAAAAGUUGCUUUUUGGAAUACAGCUCCUUGAAUUUUUCAGUCAACAUGGUGGAUAGUCAUGUUGUCCAAGGAUCUGUGGAAUCUAUAGUACAGGAAAAAUGACCCUUACAAGCUUUCUUAUGUUUUGGGUUGUUCUGAAGGGUAAGUAGAGGGAAUAUGCUUCACAUUACUUGAUACAUGGAGCCUAAAUACCUUAAAGGCACUAGAUGUUAUACUUACAUGGGAAAGCACCAAGAAAUACCAGGUUCUGUAGGCUAGGCUGUAUUUCAAAACCACUCUUAGUUUUCUUUAUUUAAGAAAACCUUGUGAAAUUCAUUUGGUUGCAAUGAUGUUAAAGGCAACUUGAAGGCACACACACUCUUGAUACAUAGACCUCUAGGCAAGUCAUUGAUUGGAACUGCAAUGGAGAUGAAGCUGGAACUGAUGUUCAAAGAUACAAAUUAACCCUUCAGCACAAAUCUUAGGCAGUUUGGAUAAGUUAUCCCACCACUGCAAAAGUUGGACUUAGUGGCAACUUAUAAAAGUAAGGAUAACUGAUCUGAAGAAGAAACCCAGAAAGACUACUUUAUAAGCAGAAAAAGGAAGAAGAGGUUAACAAGCAAGUUCAUGAAAACAGAGCUUAGAUCUUAUAGUUAGUCCCAAUUAAAGCAGACUCACUCAAAUGACAGGAACUCGAUAGCUCAACGCUUAUGUAAGUUUCAUUACUUAACUGCACCUACUCUAUUUGUUGAGGCUGAAUAUAUUCUUUCAUCUAAAGAGCACCAGGCAGCAUAUGUGAAUUUUUUUUGCCAUAAGAAUAUGUGAAAAUAUCUGCCAUUCAAUGAGAUUUGAUGGUAUCAAACUAUGGACCUUUACACAUUGGCUUAUUUUUGGCAGUGGUGGUGGGUUAUUUGCACUUUUGCCACGGAGCCUGCCAGCUUCCAUCACACACAGUAAAUGUACUUCUGGGGUGGUUCUGUGACAAAAACCCUGCUGCUGCUGAAAAAUUGCUGAAAUCUGGGUUUAGCCAGCUUAAAGAGGCUUCCCCCUAUGUGAUGAAGUAGGGAGGAAACCAGGACAAUGCAAGGUGACAGAUCCCCAUGCCCCCUGGUCAAGUGCCACUGACAUCAGCACAAUUUGCAGCUAUAUUUGAUGAUUCCGGUGAGACAGGUGAAGAGGCCCCUUAUAGCAUAGAAGUGAGAGUCACACAGUCUGUGGGGCAAUGCAAUCCCAUGGUCAGCUUUGUGGAUCCCAGAGCCCCAUCCUCUUCAUUUUUGGGUUAACAGUGAAGAAGCCUCCAGAAGACAUGAUUCACCUCUAAAACAAGUUCCAUGCAUCUUGUGUUAUCUUCUCUGACAUUUUUUAAAAGCUUGAUGAAAUCUUCUAAAAUUGAAAGUUAGCCCUCAGGAACUUCUGGAAAUAGUUGGUGAAAACUAUUGUAAGGCUGGAGUGUACAUAUAUUGAUAGGAACUGACUUCAAGACCUUCCAAUUGUAAUUCCCUCCAGUAACUGUAGUAUAGUACCUCAGUUUUCAGAUUUUAAUUACAUCUUUUUGCUCUCUA